UAUUCUCAUCAUCAUCAAAUUCCAGAUUGCCGCCUUCAAAUUCAAUCAUUUCAACCUCAAUCAGCAACUAGAUUAUUGAAUUCAGAUACGAUUCAGGUUAUUUGUGGUUCCAUUACCUUUGAAGAUGAGAUCGCCGACGAAAUCCGUAACGAAAAGGGUUAGAGAUGCUGAAUCUGAGUUGAAUUUGCCGCCAGGUUUCCGAUUUCACCCCACCGAUGAAGAGCUCAUUCUUCACUAUCUCUGCCGUAAGACGCAAUCCACGUCCGAGAUCGUUACCGGCGCUCAACCACCGUCCAUCAUCGCUGAUAUUGAUCUCUACAAACAUGAUCCGUGGGAGCUACCUGAAAUGGCUCUGUUUGGAACGAAGGAGUGGUACUUUUUCACACCAAGAGACAGGAAAUACCCUAACGGGUCGAGACCAAAUCGGGUAACGGGAAACGGAUACUGGAAGGCUACGGGAGCAGAUAAACCCAUUAAACCAAAAUCCGACCCGAAUAUGACCAUUGGCAUAAAAAAAGCCUUGGUAUUUUACUCAGGAAAAGGGACGAAAGGGAUCAAAACCAAUUGGAUCAUGCAUGAAUACAGACUUGCGAAUUCAAAGCCUUCUCCUUCAAAACACACCAAUGCCACAAGUUUAAAGUUGGAUGAUUGGGUUCUAUGUCGUCUUUACAACAAGAAGAACAAUCCAAACGAAAAGAUCAUACAAGACGAUAAUCAUCAUCUUCAUCCUGCAUCACCAUUAGAUGAACUACGAAGGAGUAGUUGCUACAACAGUGAUAGUUUAGAUUCAUUUGAAGAAUCAGAUGGUGAAUUUAGUGGUAAUUUUGGGGGUGAUGUAACUUCUCCAAGUGAUUUGCAACAUCAAUCAUUCACUGAAGUCAAAGGUACAAGUGAUCAAAGCAGCAUGGAAGUAAUGGAAACUUUGAUGAAAAGAGAGGAGCAGAAUGAUGAUGGAAAUGAUUGGCUUGACAGUUUGAGCUUGGAAGAUUUGCAGCAUUGUUUGGAAGCAAUGCCUCCUAAUCAAGAUUUUUAUGAAAUCCCAAUGAUUUACAACUCAAAUCAGCAAUAUUUUUUCAAUUAGGGUUUUGAUCAUAUUAGGAAUUAUGAGGAUUUGAUUCAUGAGUUUUGGGGUUAAGUUGAUUGAUUCAUGGCGUUGAAACUUGAAACACCCAAAUGUUGAUUUGUUUUUAUAUGGUUAGAGAAAAUCUCUGUAAAUGUUGUAGCUGUUCUUUUUCCAACAUGUAAAAUUUUGAGCAAUUAUUAAAUGCAAGAAAUUCUUGUUAUACAGGUA